GAGUGCUCCCUCAAAUCACACCUUCUUUUGAGAACUUUUCGUGGUUGUCCACCUCUUGUUCUCAUUCUCUCUUCCCUCAAUUUGUCUUUCUCCCUCUUCUUCUUCUUCAUAUCUCCCCUCUUCUCUCUUCUCUCUCUUCCUUCUCUUUCUCUCUCUGUUAAGACAUCUUCAAAUCUACCAAAACAAUCUGCCAUUGAAGCAAACUAACCACCUUAUCCUCGCAACACCACAUUUUCCAAGAACCGACAAUCUCUAGCCAAACGCCUUACACUUGCACCUUUACACAAGAAUUUCCCACAUUUGCAAGUUUGGCUCUUGAUACUCUGUACAUUGAUUUACUACAUUACCUUGAAGAACUUCAAUUGCUAUAUCUUAAUUCUCAUCCCAUUUGGUAGUCUUGCAUGCAUGCUAAUUGCUAUAAUUGCAUGCAUAUAUGUACAUUUUGUGUUGAAGGGAGAUGGGGACUGUAGAAGGAAGAAGGGGAAGAGAAUCAGCUUCUCUUUUGAGCCUCCUUUCUCCCCUUACCGUAUCAAACCUUUUCUAAAAAGGCAAAGGAACAAGUUCUACACAUUGUUGUGGUUCUUCCACCUCUUUCGUGUCUUAGAUCCUACCAGAGGACUGCUAAAUUCGACCUGUACAGCUUUCUUUAUGGGAACCAAAAUGAAGGGGAUCUGUAAGGGAUUCAAUAAAUACAUAUCUCAAAUGUUUGUUGUAAAGGAACGUGAGAUGGAGAUUGGAUAUCCGACAGAUGUUAAGCAUGUGGCACACAUCGGAUGGGACGGCCCUUCUGGUAGCGCACCAAGUUGGAUGAAUGAAUUCAAGACGGGGCCUGAUUUUACAGCAACUUCGAUUGGAAAUUCUGGUGCUGCUCUUUCUCCGUGGUCAUCACAAGAUUUUGGAGAAUCCAUGGGGCAUCGAUCGACAUCUGAAAUGUACAAGGACAUACCAUCUACAGAUCUUCCCAAUAUACCCAAGGCAAAGCAGAAGAGAAAGAAAUCUAAGUCAACUUCGUCUCCCAGGUCCAAUUCUUCUUCCUCAUCAAGGGGUUCUCGGGCAGCUAAAUCAAAGACUAAGUUUGUGGAAGGCAAUGCUAAACCAGCAAAUAUAGAAGUAGCCUAAUUUUCCAGGGAUGCUAAAAGGGAUAACGAAAAUUUGGAUGUGCUUAUAUUCUUCAAGUUCCUCUUUCCAAGUCGGGAAUUUUUUGGUCAGCACAAGAGCCAGAAAGAGGGGGCCCAAAAAGGCUAAUACAAGCUAAUGUUACUCUAGUGUAGAAAGGUGCAUUGCAUUUGUGAUCAUGGUAAAUACGGAGCAAAAAGACAUGGGAGGGGACUUGAGCAAUGCAAUGCCUUGUGAGACAGAGAGGUAUACCUAAUAUUGAAUUGGGAGACUAAUUUGGGAAAAUCAAUUUCUUCUUUCCUUUUUACCUUUUGUAUUUCUUGCCUCUUUAUAAGAACACCAUGAAGAGGGGCCUUGUAAACAGUUGGACUCUUUUAGUGUGCUCUCGAAAACUUGGUCCUAAUGUGAUUUAACGUAAAGUCAGGAUGCUUGUGU